CCCUUGCAUCUGCCGCCCCUGCCGAAGCAGACCAGGCCGACGAGGACGGCUGCUGGACUGCGUCUGGACUGCCGCCAGACUGCCGCUGGAGACUCUGCCGAGAGCCUGUCGCUGUCGCCGGAGCCAUCUGCUGCCUGCCUGCCUGCCAUCCCAACAGCCUCCCGUGGGCCUCUCGCGACGACAGCACGAACCCCACCCCAGUCGUCUCGUCAUCUGACGCUCGCCUGCAUCGCCGACUGACCGACCGGCACCGCAUCUCUCCACGGCGGCCGUCUGCAUUCAUCGUUUUCCUCGAGGAUCUCCUGGUUCCAGCGCGUUGCUCGUACCCUAUCCGAGACUCGCCGUCGUCGAGCCACCUCAUUCCGGAUCAUUCCAGAUCAUUCUGCGUCGGCUGCAGCAUCAAGCCUCGCCGUCGCUGCAUCUUCAAACGUCUCCGGCAUCGCCCUUCUCCCAGCCUUUUGCACACAAUUUCUAGCAUGGGUCCUUACCACAAAGCCAGCAGCACCUCUUCGGCAGCCGCUGCAGCUCCGAGGUCGCAUCAGCAACUCCUCUCGUCGAUCAAGCUCAAGCACCAGAUCGAGGCCCUCAGCAAGUCCGUCCAGAAGAAGCAGAUCCUCCUCCAGCUCCAACUCGAGGCGCUUGAGCUCAAGAAACUCCAGCAAGCAGGCUCGAAUCAACCUCCGACGGGCGAUCUGCGCGCUUCAGACUCGCUGCCGCCCAUGUCCAUCACAGACUCUCGUGCAGACCAUACCAGCGCCGCCCAGGCACCAGAAGACAACAUGGCGAACGGGCUCCCGGGAACUGGGCUGCCCGUCACAGGCUCUCUUGGAAGCGCUGACCCCACUCCUAGCUUCCCCCAGCCCGAACGGCUGCGUCCACCCAGCUCCCAGGAACCGAUCCAGCCGGGCUCGACUCUGGCCACGGCACCGGCCUCCACUUUCCCUUCGUCGCCCGCCCUCUCGGUCUCAAGCGAGACAUCAGUCUCUACGCCUGGUAGAGCAUCCCCGGCGAUGACCUUCCGAGCCAGCUUUCCUCAUACCACCCCUCAUCUCCACCCGACCCUCUCUGGGUACCACGCUCCGGCCCCAGUCUUCCGACCAGGCGCACACCGGUGGCCGACGAAAUACCAUCCGUACUCCUAUGGAGCCAACAUGACCUCAACGCGGCCACGACCCCCUGCGCAUUCAUUUGGGAAUGGUGCUGCUAAUCGCACCAAAUCGGGUCGUUUCAAAUCUAGCUCGCUCAAGGUCGUGCAUGUCCUCGGCGAGCCAUUUGCCGUUGUAGGAACAAAACUGAUUCGCUCUGCCCAGACACGACUGUCAUCCAAGACGGUUAUGCCGAAGGAGAUUGUCGUCAAAGGGCAGCACUACGGCCUGGUCCCAAACGGCAACUAUCACAGACUCAAACCGUACUGUGUGCUCUACCACCAGCAAGGGUGGUGUCGCAAACCCUGUCCGUUCCGACAUGACCCCAACCGAGUGGCACUCUGUCCCUUCUCGCUGCGGGGCCAAUGCACACGGGCCAACUGCCAACUGUCGCAUACACCCACGGACAAGAACACGCCGGUGUGCGAGUACUUUGGCACUCCUGGCGGCUGUACCAACCCGGCGUGUCCCUACGUCCAUGUGCGGCUGCGGGCAGAUGCUCCGCUGUGUCCGUCGUUUCGGUCAGGUAAGUUCUGUGCCCUGGGAAAGCACUGUCCCAAAAGGCAUGUCUUUGUGUGUCCCGAGUUUCAGCAGACGGGGCAGUGCCGCCGGGAGAAAUGCCGACUUUACCAUGAUGGUGCUCGGGGAAAGCAGUCCUCGACCGGCCCAAGACCGGGCCGCCUUCCUGCUGAACCUGGCAGCCGGCCGGACAAUGGUGGGUCGAACGCGGGCGAAGCAGGCUCCGGAGAUGAGGAGGACGAUGACGACGACGACGUCAACAUCAUCCCCGAGUUUGCGGAGCAGAGCCCCGAGGAGGACGCCUUUGCGCCUGACAGGGACAGCAGCCACGAAAGCGAGUCCGGCGAAAGCCACGGCGAUCAGGGAGGCAGUGUCGGCGGCCGCAGCAGCGAGGGUGUGAGCCGAGCCGAGGAUGUCGAUGACGACUUUGAUGGCAUUGGCCAAGACGGGGACGCCGACGGUUACUUCGAUGGCGACGGUUUUGGCUAUGUCGACGAAGGCGAUGGAUACAGGAGUCCAUUUUGAACCGGAACACCCUGUUUUUGAGCUGUCGUUGAUUUCCGGACCUGAAUACACACCAUUCAUCAUCCGCCACGGCCAAACAGUGUGCUCACGGUGCCUGG